AGAAAGGUCCACAUCCGUUAUUUGGACGUGCGGUAGUGGAGGGGGAGUGUCUAGUUUCUUCAGCCCUCGCGGCUCAGCCGCUUCGUCAAGAUGGGCAAAAUUACGAAAACCAUGCAGUCCAAACACCGGGAGAACCUCUCUCCCUGGGUUAAGGACUACGUUCUCGCCGCGGCGUCUACUCCGUUGCCGCUCAUUCCCAAAAAACUUGACGAGUUCCCGACCAGAUGGCCAUUUCCGCGCGGCGACCUGUAUCACUGGAUCCCACUCCUGAACCGGUUCGACAGCAUCCUCGAGGCCUUUUGUGCGACAUACAAGCUGCAGGAUGGUUUUCAGAUGAGAGACUUCGGGUGCGAUCUGCUCCUGAAUCAAGGCGCGCCGGUGGAGUACGCCGACGAGCAGCCGUUCAGCAAGGAGCGACUGGUCCAGUUAGGUUACAAGGAGGACGGAGACCGUCAGCUGAUUGUCUCCAUUCUCACCUUUACCAGAGUUCUCCUGCAACAUUGCGGUAACCGGAGCAUAUACGCCAGCAGUCCUCAUCUGAACGAUCUCCUCAACUCAACCGACUUGAGCGUCAUCUAUCACACUCUCGAGGUUGGUCUCGAACUUGCGCAGCGCUACCAGGCUUCGAUCAAGCGUGUGGGUACCCCCAAUCGGCAAGUGAGCAGCGCCCUGCUCGCGAACCAUUAUAACAUCGAUCUCGAGCGGGUGCAAUAUCUUGCACAGCCUUUCGUGAAAACUCCACUCUCGCCGGGUCCCCGGUUUUCUGAUCUUCCGCCGACGACGCCGGGCUCGGCAAGUAAGAGCAAGGAGAAGGCGUCCGGCCCUAGCCAUCGGAAUGCGGCCUCGGUGUAUGCAAAUGAUCUUUCAGCGAUCAUUGCUCCCGGCCCAGCGGACGAUGCGCGAUGGGCUGGUUGGGGGGAUGUCAAGAUAACCUACUACCCAAAGACCGAAACCUCAGGAUCUACUGCGUCAGAAGCCCAACCUGCCGAGGCCGGCUCGACCUCAAUACCUACAACACCUACUCCUCUGCGGCGUGGCUCCACGGGCCUUUCUCAGACGCCGCGCUCGAGUAAGACUCAUGGCGCUGAAGAUAGUCCAUUGAGUCGGAGCCACAGAGUGAGUGGCGAUGACCAUCCUGUUUCUGGGCCCAGGUUCUUCGAGUUGCGCCAAGUGAAGGUGCAGUCGACUUCUAUUUAUGAACUCCUCAAGCUCUGUCCCUCCGACAUGCCCAAAGCUUCGCGAUACGAGUUUUUAAACCGGCUGAGGAUAUGCAAGGCGCUGUUGGGGUCAUCAGAGGAUCGGCAGUUGGCCUUGGCCGUCCGUCUUCUGGCGAUCACCAACCUAGCGUACAUUCACCCCGAAGCGACGUUUGUCGAGAAGGUCUUGAAGCAGGACAAUGAUGAGCCGCGUAGGUACCAGCUGGUAUACCAACUCGCCGAGUUGAUCCAUCCCUCGGCCGAUGGGACCCCCGAUACGCCUUUAAAGCUGCAGGCCAUUGCGCUAGCAGCUUUGGAGUCCAUUACGGUCAUGCCAACAAAGUACCCUGAGGUGGUCGCAGCUCUGAAUGCCAAUGUCAAUCACGGUGUCCUUCUAUACGUCAUCAGGAAAGCCGUGGCUAGCAUGAAAGACGACUCUGCCGAGGCGGAUGACGGGAAGGUGACCGAUGCCGACCAUUGGCGCGCGAGUCUCUUUGCCCUGACUCUUCAGAUGGCCAUGGCCUCUCGAAUAGGUCAAGAGAUGUCAUCGGCCGGACUUCUUGAGAUCAUGGUCGAGAUACUCAACAUUCGAUCCAGGACAGCGACCCGGAACUACAGUAUGGUGCUCGCAUUCCUGGAUACAAUCAUCUACGGAUUCAACGGCGCGUUCACCGUCUUCAGCAAUGCCGGAGGUCUAGAUGCCAUCUCGAACCUCAUCAUCGACACGGUCGCUCGAUCAAAGGAGGAGGUUGCGGCGGGACAGGGGAUGAAGCCAGAGUUUCACUCGCAUACGGUGGACUAUGAGAUUCCAUUCUACCACCAGCAAGCGCUCAAGUGGCUGCUCAAGUUCAUCCAUCACAUCAUGACCAAUGCCUUCUCUUUUGGUACCAACAUCGACCGGCUGCUGAGGAACCUGGUGGACAACUCAGCUCUGCUGGGCAGCCUUCGCACCAUUACUGAAAACAUGCAUGUUUUUGGUUCCUUAGUCUGGACCAACGCGGCGGGCUUGUUGAGCGAUUUCAUCAACAACGAUCCAACUAGCUUCGCCGCCAUAUCGGAAUCGGGUUUGAUUCAAAGCUUUCUCGAGACCCUAACUGGCAGGCCUGUCACUUUGCCGAAGCCUUCAGAAACACCUAAUCCCGAGCAAGAGGGUGAGGGGCGCGACUCGCCUGCUUUCACUAACGAGUCGGUCAACCUGGAGAGCGAUGAGCGGCCGCAUCCUCCGACUCAGGAAAUGCUCGAAGCGCCUCGAGAGCGUCUUGCGCCUGGCGUUCUUGCGUCGACCGAUGCCAUCAGCAUCAUACCCUCGAUCUUGAACUCCAUCUCGCUGAACAACCUCGGUUUGAAGAUGGUCGACUCGUCCCACGCGAUCGAGAUUUACCUGGAGAUUUUCGAGAGCCCGAACCAUGUCCAGGUUCUGUCGGAAUCAGAUUUGGCCAACGUGGUCGGCGGAAGUUUUGAUGAACUUGCUCGCCAUCACCCGGCACUGCGGCCUGCCAUCUCCAAUGCCAUCCUUGACAUGGUGGCCCGAGUCUUGCACCUUGCGAAGACGAAGUCCAUCAGCGCAGGGUGGGGUGCGAAGCUUUCGGUUCUUGACGCAAACGGAAAGGCCAUUACCGCAGACGAAUCCUUGCUGGCAAGCUUGGAAGCAGCGCCCAGUACGGCCAAAGGGAAGGAGAAGGCCGCUCCAGAAGAUGCUGAUGUCGAGAUGGUCGACGCAAGCUCCACGGCUGCGCAGUCUCAUACCUCCCAUGGAAACUCCGCUGCUGAGGACCAAAAACCUUCCGGCCCGUUUCACGAGAUAACACCUUACAUCGGGGCAGUCUCGUCAUUCCUGAACGCCAUCUUUCACAAUUCCAGCCUCAAAUCAAGUUUCAUCCGCGAUGGCGGUAUUGAGCUGCUUUUGCAGCUGUCGGAGGUUCCUAGCCUGCCCGGAGAUUUCGAAAGCACCAGCGCGUCGCGCUCACUCGCCCACGCGCUUGCAACGGUGAUCGAGGCAAGCCCAAUUCUAGGUCUUCCAUCUUUACUCAACCGGGCCCACGCCGCCAUCGAUGAUCUGGAACCGCUCGUGAGCAAGAAGGGCGCACAGCCCUUCUUCGCUCCCUUUGUUGUUCCUAAUCUAUCAGUCCAGAACGAUCAGGCCGAAUGGGAUCAAGGUUUGGUCCGCAAAGUGGCUGGCGGCACCCGCGUUGUGAAGGCUUUGGUCAGGUUGCAAACUCUUCUCAAGACUCUGUAUCAGAGCUUCCCGUAUUCCUCUAGGCAGGCAACGGUCUCGAUGCCAGCGGUCAAUGUUUUCGACUACUUCAUCUCCCUCAUCAACCGUUUGGGAAGCCUCCUUCGUGACGCCGCGACAGAGGACAUGGCAAUUGCCGCCCUUGUGCCGAGCCACUGGCUUGGGAACCGAUCGUUCACUCAGGAUGGUGUAGAGGUGGUUGCAUCGCCUUCCGCUCCAACCGCUACCGAGGAAAGCAAGCCGGAAGAUGCCGGUCAGGCUACUUCGGCGGACAAGGCAGCAGAGCCAUCGAAACUACCCAAGGAGCCGACCAAGGAAGAACGCGCCUCGCCUCGAUUUCAGAACUAUUUCGUGAUUAGCCGCCUCCUGAACUCGUUAACGCCGAGUACGCUCCCGUUCUUCCAGACCAUAGGGAAAGUUCUGUUGUCCAGGCGUGGCCCUGAUUCCUACUUGAGAUCCCAUCACUUAAGCAUUGCGCAGACGCUGGCGGAGACGAUCCUCGAGCAGUUGAGUCUGCCACAGGAGCAGAGUCUGACGGUUCGGGACUUACGAUAUUGGGAUGUCAUGUUCGACGCACUGAACCAGAUGCUGAUCGACCCAACCCGGCAGCCGGACCGCACUUCCGUCCAGCUCAUCCUGCCUGUUUUGGUGGCGUUCAAAGACCGUGGUGGGAUAGAGUUCCUGAAUACUAUGCUCCGGAAAUUCGCCGAUGAGCUAUGCAACGAUGCGCCGGAGCGCCAGGACGCCCAGAAGCUGCAUCUGGUUACAGCUGGGAUGAGAAAGAUUCUCGACAUAUACCACGUCAUCGUCAGCGGCAAGAACGUCUACGAGUCUGUGGGUCAAACCAGCUUGUUCCCGCGGUCCUCGGACAGGAGCAGAGAUCGGGGGCAUCAACUCAUUGUGGAGUUGAGAUUGGCUAUUUUGCCAACCGCCCGAAAGCUAUGGGAGUCAGACUUCGCCGAGAAGGCGCCGACUCCUGUUCUGAGCAGAGUCAUCGAUAUCAUCAAGACAAUUGCGGCUGCCGAUCUGGAGACGAACGCAUGGCGCAAGACGGACAAGAACUCACCAGUGCCUCUGUUCGGAGAUCGGCCGACUAUCCGGUUCGACUGGCGUCUUUAUGCUGACCAGAUCAAGAAUUUGACCCGGAUGGGGUACGAUGAGGAACUCGCUCGCGAAGCUGUUUACCGUGCGAACGGAAAGGUCGACGAUUCGGCGGAGUAUUGUCGCGCCCACUCCAAAGGCCUGGCUGGCAAGCGAAAUCCCGUCCCUGAGCAGGAUGCAUACCGGGGGCCGCCAUCACCCCAGUCGCAAGCGACUCGGGACGAGGCGGUAGCGGCUCCGGCGAAUCCUACCGCGACGGAUCCCAUGUCUUUGGACUCGAUGAACAACUUCAUUCGAGACGCGAUUGGCGAAGCCGAAGAACAUUCUGAUGAUGGUUCUAGUGAUGAAAGCCAUGAUGACGAGAGUCGAGAAUCCGAGAGUCAGGAACAAGCUGGUGCCUCCUCGGCCCCGACUCGGGCCCCCAUCCCCCCUUCAACUCCGUCUGAAAUUUCUCCGACACCUCCUCCGAUCACGAAGGAUGAGCUCGACAGGGAGAGGGCGGAAGUUCAAACCGACUUGAUUGAUCGUUGCCUAGAUGUCGUCAGGACGCACCCGGAGCUAGUAUUCGAGGUCUGCGACCUCAUCCAAACAACAAUACUCAAGUCCGAUAAUGAGGACAAGCGGACCGAAGUUGGUGAAGUCCUUGCCAACGCGCUCAUGUCAUUCGCUCCGAACGAUGCCGACGAGAAGCGAGCAAACGGCCGCGGGAUUGCAGCUUUCGCCCAUCUGUUGUCGCUUCUUCUCCAAAAUCGGUCAUUCUUCAAAACUACGCUGCCGACCCUGAAGCAGAACGCCGGAGAAUACCUCGGGUUUCUGAGAGUUUCACCAGGGAGCUCACAUGAGGAGCUCCCGUCAUGGAUUCCUUACAUCCUCCUUAUCUUCGAGAUUCUUCUCUCGGACGACGAACAACCGGUAGAAGUUGAAUGGAGAAUGCCUGCCAAAGAGGACGACGUUGUCGAGCCGCCAGUUUGGGUCACCAAAGAUCUCAUAAUAUCCGCCGAAGACCGUACCAAGCUCCUCAAUGCAAUUCUGGACAUCCUCCCAAGAAUUGGCAAGGAGGAGGCUUUGGCGAUCUCCGUUCUGCGGAUACUCGUGAUCCUGACCAGAGACCAUGGGAUCGCUAAGAUUGUUGGAGAAAAGCGUAAUUUACAGCGGCUCUUUGUCAUGGCGAAGCAGUUGUGCAGUGGGGGCUCGGCUCGGUUGAACCAAGCCCAUAUCACUGACAACAUCAUGAUCAUCCUCCGGCAUAUAGUGGAGGAUGAGGACAUGGUUCGCCAAAUGAUGGAGACUGAGAUCAAACAGUACUUGUCUUCGACUCGAAAUCCGCGGGGCUAUCAUGACCUCCAAAGUUACCUGCGGCAUCUGUCUCAUGUGGCGCUCCGUUCACCGAAGCUCUUCGUCGACGUCACUUCAGACCUUACCAAGUUGAACGGUUGGUCAACUUACGAUCCGGCCAUCCGUACGUACAAUCUAUCCCUCAAGGAGAAACCCGCAGAGCAGGAAACGUCUCCUAAGGAAGGUUCUGUGGGACCCGCUGUGCAAGCGACAGAGGGCUUGACUAUCGAAGAUGUCAAGCCGUCAACAGAAAUUGUUGACAAGGAGAUGGCGGAUGCGCCAAAGACCCCGUUCGAGCUCAAGCGACCCGUUCUCGAGAAUCCCGACGGGGUAAUACACUUCCUACUUAGCGAGUUGUUGAACUACAGGGAGGUCGAUGACAAAGAGCCGUCAAGCCAUUCUCCAAAGGGAUUGACAGCCGAAAGCGAAUCACCCGGUGCAAGCGGGGAGGCAACGCCUGCUCCCGACCAGCACCUAUCCGAGCAGAAGGAAAAGGAGCGAAAGGCACCCAGACCGACCUUCAAGGCGGAAGAUCACCCAAUUUUUGUCUACCGCUGCUUUCUGCUCAACUGCUUAGCGGAACUGCUGCAGAGUUACAACCGCGCAAAGGUUGAGUUUAUCAACUUCAAACGGAGCGUGCCAAUCCAAACGAACACGCCUAUCAAGCCUCGUUCGAGCGUUCUUAACUAUCUGCUCAACGAUCUCCUUUGCUUGGGACCUGCUGGCAUUCCGAUGGACUCAACCAUCAUUAGAAAGAAGGCUGCCACCUCGAAUCACGCACAGGCAGUACUCGUGGCCUUGGUUGCUAGAACACCAGAGAAACCCGUCGACCGCACUCGCAAUUCCUUCGAGUAUGACGAUGACUCGGACCUUUUGUUUGUGCGCCGAUUUGUGCUCGAAACCGUGCUUCGUGCCUACAAGGAGGCCUCUACGCCUGGCGAACCGGUUGAGGUGCGCUAUGGGAAGAUGAUGUGCGCCGCGGAACUGAUGAGCUUGAUGAUUGGCGAGAAGGACAAGGAAGCACAGCAGAGGGACGCCCGUGCGAGCGACCCCGCUGUCCUCCGGUCUCAGAUGCAGCUCAAGCGCCUCAUGUAUGAGAAGGGGUAUAUCGCCGCCUUGACUGCGUCCAUUGCCGACAUCGAUCUCACUUUUCCCAACGUCAAGCGCACCAUCAAGUAUAUUCUGCGUGUUCUUCGCGCUUUGACAAAAACGGCCUGCUUGCUGAGCCAGUCGGACGUUAUUCCCGUAACAGCAACUGAUCAGCCUGAAGACGACUUCGCGUCGGCGUCGUCCCUCUCGGACUUGGACGAUGAUCGUGAGGAGACCCCUGAUCUCUACCGCAACUCCACGCUCGGCAUUCUCGAACCUGGGCGUGAGGAGGAUUUCUCCGACGAGGACGAAGAUGAUGACCAUGCCAUGUUCGACGACGAGCCAUAUGACGAUGAACUCGAAUAUGGCGACGAAAUGUCCCAGGAUGACGAAGAGAACCCCAGCGAUGAGGAUGAUGACGAGCUGGGCGAAAUGGGUCAGGUGGAAGGCAUGCCGGGGGAACCUGGCGUUGUGGAAGUCAUUAUGGGUGAAAACGAAGACAUGGACGAUGAUAUGGAUGAGGACAUGGACGAAGAUGACGAGGAAGAGCCCUCGGAUGAUGAGGAGGAUGAGGAUGAGGACGAGGACGAGGACGAGAUGGGUUCCGAAGACAUGGAGGAUAUCGAAGACCGCAUCGAGAUUGUCGACGAGGAAGGAAACCCCGUGGACGACGAAGGAGCGUCUGGUUGGGAAAGCGAAACCGAUGAAGAGGAAGAUGAAGCCGAGGAGGAGCUCGGCUUCGAAGCAGGUGGCGCGCAUGACAUUCACGACGCACUCAUGCAUGGACAUGGCAUCGACCAACUCGGCCACAUUCCCGACAUUCUACGGAACGUCGUCGAGGGCGGAGAUGAAAUUGAUGCGGAAGAUAUGCAGGAGAUUGAUGAACACUACAUUGAUGAUGGUGUUGAUGAUGAUGGCAAGUAUUCGCUCCCGGGUUUUCCGUUGUGCGCUCAGCUAACUAGACCAGAUGAGGAAGAGGAAGAUGAAGGUGAGGAAGAUGAGGUGUAUUACGACCCUGGUCACCAUCUGUUAGAUGACGAUCACCCACCUCCCACAAUGCCAUCGGGCCUAGGCUGGGAUGUUUCCCAGAUCGAGCCCCAUCACCGUCUACGGCACGGAGGCAAUCGGAGUCCUUUCCCUGCGCCGUUCAUGGCCGGGCACCACCGCGAUCCCUUGGGACCCGAUUUUCGUAGCUACUUCCGCCACGGCCAGCAUCGGCAGCCUCCAAAUCCGACCGACGAUGGUGUCAACCCUUUGCUGCUCUCGGGUAACCGAGCUGGGCAGGAUGCUUCUCGAGUCACUGGCCAGCAUAUGAUAAGGCUGGGCUUCCCGGGUUCUUUGGUGGGACAUGGUCUUGAUGCGCCUCUUGCUUUCAUCAACGAUCUGAUGCAGAGCAUCCCGUUCCCGCGCGGCGCCGGUCCCUCUUUCAGCCUUCAGCUCCGAUCUGAAGGCCCGGCUGGAGAGGUUCGUCAGCUCAGCAUUCCGGUUAGCAUGACACAGUCUGGCCGCGAGCCCCGCUGGGAACCACGCCGCGAAGUAUAUCAGGAGCCCCACCAAGCCGUUACAUUCUUCCCUGAGUCUACCGCUGAGAGGUGGCAAGGAGAGGCCAAGAUGAUCUUCGGUUUCAACCAUAACGAGAAAACCAAGUUGCUCGCGACGGCAAUUUUGGGCAUGCUCACGCCGGCUGCCAUCCAGCGGGAAAAGGAAGCCAGGGCUCGACAGGAGGAGAAGCGCAAGCGGGAAGAGGAACGUAAGAAGCGUGAGGAAGAGGAACGCAAGGAGCGAGAGGCGAAAGAAGCCGAGGAGAGAGCGGCUCGGGAAAGGAAGGAGGCCGAGGAGCGUGAGCGUGAGGAACGGGAACGUGCCGAGGCGGAGGCUGCACGCGCCGCAGAAGAGGCCGUUGCCGUUGAGGAGGUGUCUGCUCAAGAGCCCCAGGCGAUGGAAGGGGUCGAAACCCACCAAGAGACCCAGGAGGCCGCGCCGGAACCAGCUCGGGCGAGGGAACGUGUUGUCACCACUAUCCGUGGGGAGACCGUGGAUGUCACCGAGCUUGGCAUCGACCCUGAAUACCUUGCCGCGCUCCCGGAAGAAUUCAGGGAAGAAGUUAUUGCUCAGACCGUGAGCAGCAGGCGCUCUCAGGCGCGCGAACAGGCUGCCAACGAGGGAGAGAACACUGAAGUCUUCCAGGAAUUUCUGGAGGCGCUGCCAGCAGAACUUCGUAUGGAGAUCGUUCAGCAGGAACGCCAAGAACGGCGCCGCCGUGAGCGCGAGGAACAGCGAAGACAUGCUACGGCUACGGGCCAGGACCUCGGCCCCGUCGAAAUGGAUACCGCAAGCAUCCUGUUGACUUUCCCGCCAGCCCUGCGGGAGCAGGUUCUGCUAGAGCAAGGCGAAGACAUCAUGGAUCAAUUGCCUCCCGAGCUCGCUGCAGAGGCUCGCGCUCUCGCUCAACGCCACCAUCUCCAUCGGGUCCCACCACCAGGGAGCCGUUCCAGGGAAGCUGCACGUCGAUCUGAAGCGGCGGCUGAGGCAAAGCCGCAACGGCGCACCAUCGUACAGAUGCUCGACAAGGCGGGUGUCGCUACCCUCCUCCGACUCAUGUUCAUCACGCAGCAAAGCUCCAUCCGCAACUACCUGUUCGAUGUCUUUGCGCAUGUCUGCGAGAACCGUCAAAACCGCCUCGAGGUCAUUUCUACCCUUCUUCAAAUUCUCCAGGACGGCAGCACCGACAUGGAUGCUGUUGAACGCAGCUUUGGCCAGUUGUCCUUGAAGGCAAAGCAGCCCAAGGACAAGGACCCCAAGACCCCGCAGAGCCUCAAGAGGACAUAUACCAAUGCUGGUGCCAAUAACCAAAUGUCCGGCAAUUCGGAGGUCUCGCCUCUGCUGAUCGUUCAGCAGUGUCUUGAUCUAUUGCAGGAGCUCGCAACAAAAAACCCUCACGUCCCGUCCCUUUUCCUUACAGAGCAUGAGACUGUGGCUUCAACACUCAAGCGAAGCACGAGCCGCAAAGGCAAGGGCAAAGACGUCAGUACCAAGGCCCAGAAGUAUGCGAUCAACUCUCUUCUGGCCCUCUUGGAUCGAGAUCUCAUCAUGGAGAGUUCUUCGGUCAUGCAGCUUCUUGCGGAUCUGCUCAACAAGGUCACAUAUCCUCUGCAGGCUCUCGAGCGCCGGCGCAAGGAAGCUGAAGAGGAAGCCAAGAAGAAGGCCGAGGAAAAGGAAAAGGAGAAGACGGGUGAGGCAGGUACCGAGACCGCCCAGUCUUCAGGAGAACAACCUCCUGCGGCCCAGACCGCCGAGUCGACUGCUGUGGCUGCGACUGGAGAACAACCCCCGGCGGAAAACAUGGAGCAGCCCGAGGCAGAGAGCUCAACAGCCAGAGAACCGAAGACCGAGGAGAAGAAAGUCCGGCAGCUCGUCCCGCCCACCAUCCCUGAUUACAACUUGAAGCUGGUCAUCAACGUCUUUGUUGCACGGGAAUGUAGCUCCAAGACUUUCCAGAACACAAUUUCGACCAUCAAGAACCUCUCCAAUAUUCCGGGCGCGAAGAAGGUCUUUGGCGAAGAACUCGUCUCUCAGGCUAGAGCCUUAAGCGAGAACAUUGUGUCUGACCUUGAGGAUCUGCUUCCUCAUAUUCUCAAAGCGGAGACGGGCACCGAGAUUCAGGGGAUUGCGCUCGCUAAAUUCUCCCCUGGAGCAUCUGAGCAGAACAAGUUGCUGCGUGUCUUGACUGCACUUGAUCACUUGUUUGACACUAAGGGCAAGAAAUCAAGCGGGGUGGGAGAAGGCGGCGAAGCAACAGACGAGACAAAGGAGGAUCUUCUCAGCUCGCUCUACUGGAACCCAACGUUUGGGACCAUGUGGGAUAAGUUGAGUGCCUGCUUGAGCGCAAUUCGGCAGCGGGAGAGCUUGCUCAACGUCGCAACGAUCCUGUUACCGCUGAUCGAGUCCUUGAUGGUCAUUUGCAAAAACACGACGUUGAGCGAGGCGUCUGCUUCGCAAGUCGCGACUGGGAAGGAAAUGCUCCUGUCGAGCCCGCCACCAGACAACCGCAUCGCAAGCCUGUUCUUCACUUUCACAGAGGAACAUCGGCGUAUUCUCAAUGAGCUGGUUCGGCAAAACCCCAAGCUCAUGUCGGGAACCUUUUCUCUUCUGGUCAAGAACCCCAAAGUUCUCGAGUUUGACAACAAGCGGAACUACUUCAACCGGAGCGUGCAUGCGAAGAAUGGCCAGCAGCGGCAGCAGUAUCAGCCGUUGCAAUUGUCGGUGCGCCGAGACCAGGUCUUCCAUGAUUCGUUCAAGUCACUCUACUUCAAGUCAGGUCCGGAGAUGAAGUUCGGGAAGCUCAAUAUUCGCUUCCAGGGCGAGGAAGGUGUUGAUGCCGGCGGUGUUACGCGCGAGUGGUUCCAGGUGCUCUCCCGCCAGAUGUUUGACCCCAACUACGCGCUUUUCAUCCCGGUAUCGUCGGACCGCACGACAUUCCACCCAAACAAGCUCAGCGGUGUCAAUGACGAGCACUUGAUGUUCUUCAAGUUCAUUGGGCGCAUCAUCGGCAAGGCUUUGUACGAGGGCCGAGUCCUUGACUGCUACUUCAGUCGUGCGGUCUACAAGCGCAUCCUCGGCAAGCCGGUUUCGGUCAAAGACAUGGAGUCGUUCGAUCCAGACUACUACAAGUCGCUUGUCUGGAUGCUCGAGAACGACAUCACCGACAUUAUCACUGAAACCUUUUCGGUUGAAGACGACGAGUUUGGCGUGACUAAGGUCGUGGAUCUCAUUGAGAAUGGGCGCAACAUUCCGGUCACAGAGGAGAACAAGCACGAAUAUGUCCGGCUGAUCGUGGAGCACAAGCUUCUCACCUCGGUCAAGGAUCAGAUGGAGAACUUCUUGAAGGGGUUCCACGACAUCAUCCCCGAGGACCUUAUCUCUAUCUUCACCGAGCAAGAACUUGAGUUGCUCAUCUCUGGUUUGCCGGAAAUUGACGUCGACGACUGGAAAGCCAACACCGAGUACCAGAACUAUACGCCUGCCUCUCAACAAAUUCAGUGGUUCUGGCGCGCGGUGCGAUCUUUUGACAAGGAGGAGCGGGCCAAGCUCUUGCAGUUCGUGACUGGGACGUCUAAGGUGCCUCUGAAUGGGUUCAAGGAACUGGAAGGCAUGAACGGCAUCAACCGGUUCAAUAUUCACCGUGACUAUGGCAACAAGGAUCGCCUCCCUAGCUCUCAUACAUGCUUCAACCAGCUCGAUCUUCCGGAGUAUGAGAGCUACGAGGUUUUGCGCAGCCAGUUGCUCAAGGCCAUCACGGCUGGGAGCGACUAUUUUGGCUUCGCCUGAACGCCAGGCAGUAUUGCGCAAUCCCGGGAUAGAACAGCCAUGAUGACCG